GGUAUCUACCAGUUUGUCCAAGUCCCGAUCCCCGUUUACCUUUCUAUUCGAGAGCAGAAGUUGGUGGAAUUGGCCAUUGGGAGAUCUCUGAGGUUUUGUAGGCAGUGGGACUAAAAUGGCUGUGCAAAGCAUUACGAAUCAUCCUUUCCUCACCAAGUCACCGUUGCCGUCUUUCUCGCUCUCAUCGUAUUUGUCCAAAUGCGACAGCGACUUGGGACUCGUUCGAGUAGGGCAGCAGAAGUGGUGCAGCGGAAGGCGUAGGGAUUCUUUGAAGCUCGUCGUCUGCGCUCUGGACCGUACAAAUGGCAGUAAUAGCAGCGGAGGCGGCGAUGGUGUUAAGAAGGGAGGCGUGCCGAAUUCCAACUAUGUGGUGCCCCUGGACAAGUCGUUUUCCCCCACGAACUCUUCUUGCAUCACUCGCCCUCUCGUUGAGAUCCUCCGAGACCUCAACAAGAGAAUCCCCGACAAUAUCAUCAAGAAUACUUCUCCUCCUCACGAUGAUCAUGCGGAGACUGCAACCUUCAUCCCCUGGUUUCAUGCCAACCGAAUGUUGAGCUUCUACGCCCCUGGAUGGUGUGGAGAAAUACGUGAUGUUAUAUUCGCUGACAAUGGAAGUGUGACUGUGGUUUAUCGAGUCACCAUUCGGGGAUCUGAUGGAGAGGCUCACCGUGAGUCAACCGGAACUGUAUCACCCGUCGAUGGCCACAUUUUGGAUCCAGUUGCUGCAGCAGAGGAAAUAGCUUUCUGUAGAGCAUGUGCUCGGUUUGGCCUUGGCUUGUAUCUCUAUCACGAAGAAUAGGUGCUACAGAUAGCAAGGAGGUUUAUCUUCCAAUCAUGUGUGAAGUUUUUGUCUCAACUUGUUAGAGUUGAAUGAUACUUUCUGCACUACCAGUUGGUGUAAAUAUAUUUAAUAGGUACGAAGUGGUCAUCUAGAUUUGCAGAUUAUUUGGUCUGGAUUGUGGAGAACCGAGCUGUUGACAUUUUGUUUGGUAAACUGAGUUUUUAAUUGCUUAUAAAUAAGGCGAUUUUUAUUUA